AUGGUUAAGAACAAGAAAAAGACCAUCUUUAGGAGGAUGACAGCCGAGGAAUCCUUUGCCACGAAUGAAAUUGAACAGGGUGCUGCCACUUCUUCAAAAUGUAAGGGCAUUACGCUAGAUGAUACUAAAGAGCUUGAUGAAUGUGGUAUGGGGUACAAGAUAGCUGCUGGCAUCAGGUACAAUGACGAACAGUUUACUUACGUUUGCGAAAGGUAUUCAACUUCAUUGAACAUAAACAUUAGACAAAUUCCCAGAGGCAGUGAGAGGCUAUUGUUUAGCAUGACCAUGGAGAACUCAUUCAAUUCCCCAGAUUUAGUGACUUGCUUGGCAGUAUCCAUUAUCCUACGCAAAGUCAACUGCAUGAGAAAAAGACAAAAUAUAAGAAAUUAUAGCACUGCCUUCAUGGAUAACUGCUUAGCAUGGUAA